CCCUCCUACUCCCUCCCCUCCCGUUUCCUCCCCCCCGCUGAGCCUGGAAUUUCCCCCCCUCCAUCCCGCCCCCCCCGUGGCCGAGCGAGCAGCGCCCGCACUUUAGGGGAUCCGCAGCGCCCCCCCCGGCCCCAACCCGCCGCCGCCCGGGGACCCAGCUCCUGCACCAUGGGCCCGACCCAGCGCUGCCUCCUCUGUCUCAAGGUUGAGCUUUUCAUCUUCAAUCUGAUCUUCUGGCUGGGCGGCUGUGGGGCGCUGGGUGUGGGGCUCUGGCUUGCUCUCUCGCAGGGCCGGUUCUCCGCACUGUCGCUGUCGCUCCCGUCCCUGGGGGUCGCCGGGCUGGUGAUGGCCGCCGGUGCUGUGGUGAUGGCCGUGGGCUUCCUGGGCUGCCUGGGGGCUGCCACCGAGCAGCGCUGCCUCCUGCUGACGUUCUUCAUAGUUCUCCUCACCGUUGUCCUGCUGGAGCUGAGCGGGGGCCUGGCCUUCUACGCCUGCCGGGGGCAGUUUGACAGAUACGCUCAGGACGACCUGAAAUCGGGGCUGCGGCGAUACGGGGCUCCAGGGGAGCCGGCGCUGACCCAGGCCUGGGACACGGUCCAGACCGAGUUCCGGUGCUGCGGGGUGCAGAACUACACCGACUGGUUCGAGGUGCGCAACGGGACGGGGGUGCCCGAAUCCUGCUGCCUGGAGCACGGCGCCCCCUGCUCCGGCCUCGGCGCCACCUGGUGGAAGGAGCCGUGCUACGAGAAGGUGAAGUCCUGGGUGGCGGAGAACGUCUGGGCCAUGGGCAUUUUCGCUGCCUGCAUUGCUGUCGUCCAGGUCCUGGGCCUGGUCUCCUCCAUGCUGAUGUACUGCCAAGUGCUGAAGGUGGAGAAAUAUUAUCACUGACAGGGGGCGCCUGGAGUCUGCCGCCCCCCCCAGUCCCUCUUACACCCGUGGCUUCCCAUCACCCACCGAGCAAGGGGUGCACCCCCCUUAGAGCUUGGGGGGAGUCACAUCCUACAGUGGGGGGCUUCAAGUCCAGCCUGGCCUGAGCCAAUUCUCCCCAGCCCACUCAUACCCCCCUGCAGCUUAGACGCAGCGGCGGGUAGUUCCACUGGCUCGGGUGGGGCACCGAGAGC